AUGGCAAAAUAUCCUGAAAAAUUCACCGGUUUCGGGGUGCUCAACCAUGAAGAAUGGAAUCACCCAAAGAAGGUCGAGUUUGACCCAAAGCCUUGGGGUGACCACGAAAUUGAUAUCCAAAUCGAGACUUGCGGGGUUUGUGGCUCUGAUGUCCACUGUGCUCACGGUAGCUGGGGGGAAACUUAUUCCCCAAUUAUUGUCGGUCACGAAAUUGUUGGUAAAGUUUUGAAGGUUGGCAGCCAAGUCGAAAACAUUAAGGUUGGUGACCGUGUCGGGGUCGGCGCCCAAUGUUCCUCAUGUGGCGAAUGUGAUCUUUGCCAAAACGGCAACGAACAAUACUGUGUCAGCUGUGCCUGGACUUACGCUGGUAAUAUUGGCGAAUGGAACACCCAAGGUGGGUACGCUUCGCAUAUCAGAGUCCUUGACCGUUUUGCUUUUGUGAUUCCCGAAAAAUUAGAAUCCAAGUACGCCAGUCCUUUGCUUUGUGGGGGUUUGACAGUGUACUCUCCUCUUGUACGUAACGGAUGUGGUCCCGGUAAAAAAGUUGCCAUAUCUGGUUUGGGUGGGUUAGGCCAUCAAGCAGUAAUGAUCGCUAAGGCUUUGGGUGCUCAUGUUACAGUGAUCAGCAGAUCUGAUUCCAAAAAGGAAGAUUCCUUCAAGAUGGGGGCCGAUCAAUACAUUGCCACCAACGAAAAAGGCUGGGCUGCUAAGCACGCCGGAGAAUUUAACCUCAUUCUCAAUUGUGGUAGCUCGCUUUCUGGUAUUGAUAUGCAAUCGAUGCUUGCUGUCUUGACCAGUGCUGAUGGUCGUUUUGCCAGUAUUUCUGCUCCUCCAAUCACCGAAAUGUGUUCAUUCUCCCCAUUCUCCCUUAUGGGUAAAUCUAUCUCUCAGCACGCUUUGGGUAAUGCUAAAGAAAUGAGAGACUUAUUGCAAUUAUGUGCUGACAAGGACAUCAAGCCAUGGAUUGAAGAAAUUCCAAUCAGUGAGCAAGGGACACAUGAAGCUUUGACCAGAGCCGACAAUGGUGAUGUCAGAUACCGUUUUGUGUUAACUGACUUUGAAAAGGAGUUCAAGGACGCCUAUUAA